AUGGUCAGCACGUGUUCAGUGAUUAUCAAUAUUUUAAGAUAUCAUAUGUUAUAUUCAAAUAAUAAUGAGUUCCGACAAAUCUGAAGAUUUUCCACAGGAAAUGGUGCGACCGAUUCGGGAUCUGCACGAGUCGUUAGCCGAUCUCAAACAAUGUCUGACCACUUUUAACAGCAAAUAUACUGCUAUCAAAAGUCAAGCAUCGGAUCCAUUAAUGAAAGCUAAGAUUGAGCUGACCAUCGCUUACGCWAUGAAUUCACUGUUUUGGAUAUAUUUGACCACAAAAGGAGUCAAUCCUCAUGAAGAGCCCAUCAAGAAUGAGAUCACUCGACUUAAAGGUUAUGCACAGAGAAUACAAGAUAUUGAAGACAAAAGAAAGGCAUCAAAGCUGGACACAGAAGCAGCCAAAAGAUUCAUCAAAUCAGCCCUUUGGGAGCCAAAGACUGAGUCCAUCAUCAAUGAGACAAAUAAGGAUAACAUUUGUCAUAAAMGCAAACUCGAAGAUCAGUCUUAUAGUGAAACCAAAGAAACUAAUGAUAUUUCUUCGAAAGAGAUGUCAACCAAUCAAAAGUCACGAAAGAAAUUUAAAAAAUAG